GAAGUUAUAUCUAAUCCCUUCUCUUCUCCUUGUUUGGUUUCUCAUCUCUCAAAUAUUUGGCCAUGGCCAUAUUGCCCCGAAAAUCCCAUUUCUUACCUCCCAUGCUGCUAUUCCUUGCCUUCCUCCUCGCUACUUUCGGUAACACAGCUGCUCAGAUAGGUGUUUGCUAUGGCAGAAUAGGCAACAAUCUUCCCCCACCAUUAGAAGUCAUCGCUCUUUACAACCAGAGAAACAUUCGUCGGAUGAGAAUCUAUGAUCCUGACCAUGGAGUCCUUCAAGCUCUAAGAGGUUCCAAUAUUGAAGUCAUGCUCGGUCUCCCCAAUCCUGAUCUUCAAAGAAUCGCCUCCAGCCAAGCUGCUGCCGAUGCCUGGAUCCAAACUAAUGUCAGAAAUUUUCCCGAUGUUCGUUUCCGAUACAUCGCUGUCGGCAAUGAAGUCCAGCCUUCUAAUUUCUUCGCACAGUUCCUUGUCCCUGCAAUGGAGAAUAUUCAGCGUGCACUUACAAAUGCCGGUCUUGCUAACCAAAUCAAAGUCUCCUCCGCCAUUGACACCGGAACGCUUGCCACCUCUUCCCCACCUUCAAAGGGUUCAUUCAAGGAAAAUUUCAUGCCAAUUCUUAACCCCCUCGUUCGUUUUCUUGUCAACAACCGAUCACCGUUGUUGGUUAAUAUUUAUCCUUACUUUAGUUUCAUUAACAACAUGAGAGAUAUCCAUCUUGAUUUCGCACUCUUCACGGCCCCGAAUGUAGUCUUUAGCGACCCACCGUUGAACUACCAGAGUCUCUUUGAUGCGAUUCAUGACUCUGUGGUGGCCGCACUUGAAAAGAUUGGUGGAGGGUCACUGGAGAUCGUGGUGUCGGAGAGUGGUUGGCCAUCAUCCGGCGGGACAGCGACAAGCAUUGACAACGCGAGAACUUACAACAACAAUUUGAUUCAGCAUGUGAAGCGAGGAACACCUAAGAGGCCAAGACCAAUAGAGACUUAUAUUUUCGCUAUGUUUGAUGAAAAUCAGAAGAAUCCUGAAUUUGAGAAGUUUUGGGGGCUCUUUGCACCAAACAAGCAGCCUAAAUAUCCAGUCAGUUUCAACUGAUUAGCAUCAUCCAUACAUAGACACACACGUAUUACUAAAUCUAAAAUAAUAAUUACUCACUAUAUUGUAAUUCUCUUGGAAAAAAUCAUCUUUUAAGUAUAAUUAAGAAAAAAUUAGU